AGCAUUAAAACAAAAAAAAAGGAAUUUUUGUAAGAAUUUCUAAAAAUAAACGACUAAUUUUGUUGUUCAAUUGGUUUUAGCCUUUCUUUUUAUCCUCAUUUUUGUGUGGAUAUAGAUUAAAUUUAGGGAGUUCGCUUAUAUUUAUUUUGAAUGUUGACAACAAAAGGGAAAACAGAAUUGUUACAACAAUUAUGAAGUAUGUUACUUUGUUCACGGUUUCUUAUAUAUUCGUAUCAAUAUUCGUUUUCACUCACAUUCAAGAUGUGGAAGCUCGCAAGAUCUGUAGAAUCGCGAAGGAGUACACUGGCAACCAUUGCCGCGAUGGAAACGAUUGCCUUUCAAAAUCAACCAUUCAUUAUAAAGCUCCCAAUCUACCUAAACCAUUUGAAUGCGCUUGCCAUAAUUAUAGGGAUGAUACGCCAAGUCUUAAUAAUGAUACGCCAAGUCUUAAUAAUGAUACGCCAAGUCCUAAUAAAACGUAUAUAUUUCAUCAUUGCAUCUGUUCCUUUUAUUGCUAAGUCUUAAUAAACAAAAUAGUAACUAUAUUUAAGAGUUUGUGGUAUUGACACUUUAGACAAAAAAAUUAAAACCGUAUAUGACACUCUAUUGCUUAUUUUGUAAUAUUUGACCGUUUUGUAUUUAUGUAAAUCAAUAAAAUUGUUUUUCACAUAAUUACAUUU